CAAGAGUUAGGUUACUUCGCGGACAGUUGCUGUCUGUUCCUAAACUGGAAGUAAAAAUUGUGUCGAUUGAACCACCAGGCGUUCUGUUGGCAGCGCAAGAAACGUCCAGCAUGUUUUAUUCUGACUCCGUUGGCGGCUGAAGUGGUCGGGUCGAGGAGGCGGGUAGAUUUUCCGGGCCCUCAACCUACAGACGGCAGGUUAACGCUUCCAAUAUCGCCCGAGAAAAGCGGUUUCGUGGUAGUCAGUGGGCGUUAGUUGAUCGAGGAAGUACUGGGUCAUUGUGACAUUGCAUGAAUAUAGCAUCUUCAGCCUUUCAAGGACCUACCACAAGAAUAUCGCCAGUAAAUUUUGACACUGAACCACAUAAUAUGUUAGGAUUGACGACCUUGUUCGGAGGUUCCAUCUCCUUUGAAGGACGUUUACAUUGAGAUGAAAUGCAUUAAUUAUAGAAACAAUCAUCUAGUUGAUUCUAUUCUUGAAGGAAGGCUACUUCAGUUUACCAAAGACCUAACUCCUGUUGGCAUCAUUCAAUGCCCAACUCUAGUGACUAUCAACCACCAAAGCCUACUGGAAACGUAAAGAAUAUUGAUGUUCUUGAGGAGAUUGCUGCUAGCGAUCUACCAGGACCUUCUAAUUCCAAUCUGUUUUCCUGUUAUGGUGCUCCAUCAUUCAAUCUAAGUUCCAGUGCAGAAGGACAUGGGCCAUGGAUGUUUCCUGUCGUCCAGGCACGAGAAGUGUUUUACAAUGUCUGCUCAGAUUAUGGAUUGCUAAACAAAGCUUCCAUUAUUGCCAAUACCCCAUGCAGUUCCAGCGAACCGACUCCUGUCCAGGAUGGAUCUUCUUCAGUUGGUGCUGCGGGACAUAAUUCUAAUUAUGUACAACUUCAAGUUGAUCCUCCAGAUGUAACCCAUAGAGGUAAUGCAGAAAUGGUUGCUAUGCCUGUCAGCCAAGGGAAACGGCUGCUUGCCUGGGAGAUAGAUACAUCAGAUUUUAAUAUAGUAACAUCUAAAUUGAAAAGUAGAACAGGUAGCCUGAAGAAGCAAAGUACAAAAAAGAUUACACCACUUGAGAAAUACAACAAAAAAAAUGAUUCUUCUCCAUAUACAGUUCUGGAAGAAAUGAAACAGCGCAAAGUUUUGGAUCUUCGGAGAUGGUAUUGCAUCAGUCGCCCACAAUACAAGACUUCAUGUGGAAUAUCCUCUUUGGUUUCAUGCUGGAACUACCUAUUUAGUACCUGUGGAACAGGAAGUCUUCCACCAAUUACACAGGAGGAGGCUUUGCAUAUCUUGGGUUUUCGCCAGCCCUUUGAAGAUAUUAAAUUUGGGCCCUUUACAGGAAAUGCAACACUAAUGAGAUGGUUUAGACAGCUUAAUGAGCAUUUUCAUAUGAGAGGCUGUUCCUAUGUUCUGUACAAACCCCAUGGAAAAAACAGAACAGCUGGAGAAACUGCUGAAGGUGCCUUACUGAAGUUAACUCAAGGCCUGAAGGAUGAAUCAAUGGCUUUUAUAUAUCAUUGCCAGAAUCAUUACUUCUGUCCCAUUGGAUUUGAGGCUACCCCUUUAAAGGCAUGCAAAGCAUUUCGAGGCAAACUCCCAAUUGAAGAAAUGGAAUUUUGGAUCUUAAUCGGUGAACCAAGUAAGAAACAUCCAGCCAUUCACUGCAAAAAGUGGACAGACAUAGUGACAGAUCUCAACACACAGAAUCCUGAAUACCUUGAUAUUCGAAAUCCUGAAAAGGGUAUACAAUACAGGAAAACCAAAAAGGUCGGAGGAAAUUUGCAUUGCAUAAUAGCAUUCCAAAAACUGAACUGGCAAAAAUUAAGCACUUGGAUGAUGAAUAUUGGAAAUUUUAGAUGUGAACCACUUUCUAAAGUAUUAGAAUGCAAAGCCAGUAGCUCUACCACUGGUUUGGAAAGAGUUUUAAAUGAUCGAGAACCAUCAGUGAAUGACAAGAAUAAUGGUGAAGGAUUUCAACAAGCAUCUGAAUGGAAACACAUUGCAAGUCCAUAUGAAUACCGAGAUUGUGGCUCUCCUGAAAGUGAGACAGAUGAAGAGAGCAGCUGCACCAUGGGAGUUCAGGGACUGUGGAAGCUGUUGGAGUGUACAGGACAACCAAUCAGUCCAGAAUGUCUUGAAGGAAAAAUACUCGCUGUCGAUAUCAGCAUUUGGUUAAACCAAGCCAUGAAAGGAGCACGAGAUCGCCAUGGUAAUUCUCUACCAAAUGCCCACCUUUUGAUUUUGUUCCAUCGACUUUGUAAAUUGUUGUUUCAUCGAAUACGACCAUUAGUUGUUUUUGAUGGAAAGAUGCCACUACUGAAGAAGCAAACUUUGGAAAAUAGGUGGAAGAGAAAGGAGCUGGUAGUGAAAGACACGAAGAAAACCACAGACAAACUAAUGAGAACUUUCUUGAAGAGGCUUGCCCUGAAAACAGCAUUAGGAGGCACAAGUGAUGAGAUCAUCCCCAGUCUUUCUCAGGUGAGAAGAGGAGAAACUGAUGAUAUUUUCAACCUGCCUUCCUUGGCACAGAAAGAGGAAAACAGCUCGGAUGAAGAGAGAGAGAAGGACUGGGAAGAAAGGAUGAAGAGUGAAAGAUUAUUGCAGAAUGAAUUUCUUGAGAAUCCUAAUUCUGUCGACAUUGAUUCUGAAGACUUUGCAAGUUUGCCUCCAGAGGUAAGGCACGAAAUCUUGACAGACCUGAAAGAAUUCAGCAAGCGUCGAAGAAGUAUAAUGGAGCCUAUGCCUCAGGAGUCAACUGAUUUUUCCCAGUACCAGUUGUCUGGUUUACUUAAACGCAACAGACUCAACCAGCAUAUUCAAGGUGUUCAGAAAGAGAUGAACCGACAAUACUGUGGUGAAAUCCAAGUGGAGUGUGAUAACGAAGGGGGAUUCUUUAAGGAUAUGGAAGCUAGGCGGCUUGUAUCAGAAGAUGCUUCACACUACAUUCUGAUAAAGGGAAUUCAAUCAAAAAACAAUGAAGGUACAGAGGGAAAUAAACAAAACACACCAGAAAAAAAUAUCAAUUCAGCUGUUACAACGGCACCAUCAAGUGCUGGUUGGGAUCCCUUUAAAAAUUUAAGUCCAACAUCGCUUCCAACAACAAACAUGAUGAAAGCUGAGAAUGAUGGUGCUGCUGCGAGGGAUUGUCCUUCUCCACGGACAAUGAUUGCUGUUGAGGCUGCCAUGUUAGAAAGUGGUUCAGAUGAUGGAACAGAGUCUGGAGAAGAUAAGUUAUUUCCACUUGGAUGUAGUAGCACUCUUUAUUCAGCUGAUACUGCUUCCGAAAAUAUAAACGUAUCACCAAGGACACAUCAAGCCAUCCGGCAAGCUUUAGAAGAAGAUGAAUUAAUAAAUAUUGCAAGGAAGGACAAUGAAAGUGAAUGUAGCAAUGGUAGAAAGCAAGUAGCCAAAAGCUGCAGCUCAAAUGAUGAGCAUAAAGAUCAAGAGAUAUUUGGCAGUGAUUGUGAAGAUCUUGCAAUACCAUUAAGUCCAAAGAUCACUCAAAGAAAGUCUAGAGUACACGGAAAUGAUCAAAACUGCAAAAUGCAAUCUAAGCUUCCUGUAGCAGAGGGAAUUUCUCCAGUCAGUACAACAGAACAAAAUAACAAUGUUGCAACAGGAGAUAUAACCAAACAUAAAAUUGAACAGAUAAGUUUUCAAACUUCGGAAAAUGUGAAGGAGCACAAGAGUAUUAAUGAGGAGCACUUGGAUAGUAACAGCAGGAAAUGUAUUCAUCCACCUGGGACAGUUAACUUCCUAGAAAAUCAGAGCACGAAUGGUGGAACUAUUCCAGGUAUACAACAACCUUUACUUAUUCCUGCUCUGGGUACUCAGCCUUCUGAUGAUCCUAAAAAGCUUCCCUCACUGCAGAUAAAAGGAGAACUAGAGGAAGACUCUAUUGAAGAACUAUAUGGAGAUCAGGAAAAAUAUGCAAACAAUGAAGACCAAAGUGACUCAGAGGGUAGCUUCAUUGAAGUCAUUAAUACCAAUAAAACACCACUGAAAAAUGAGCUCUUUCCUCUUGAUAUCUUCGUACCCUUGAUUCCUGCAAGUGAACCCAUGCCGAAGCCUGGUGAUGAUCUGGAAGGUAGUUUUGAAAUUGCACAGAUAGUCGAGGAACAAUCUGCAGUUAUUGGUGAUCAUGUGGACAAGAUUGAGAAAAUUGUUCAACAAGGUACGAAGGAAGAGCCUGAUCAACCCAAAGGAACAGAUGUGGAAGAAACCACAACUGAUGAAUGGAGUGAACUAAAUCUGGCUGAAGUAGGGGAAUUGGAAAACAGCUUGUUCUUGGAACAAUCUGGUCUACAAUCUCAGAAACAAAAGCAGGAACGUGUUGCUGCCACGGUCACAGGACAAAUGUACCUGGAAGCUCAGGAGUUGUUGCGAAUUUUUGGAAUUCCUUAUAUUGUUGCUCCCACGGAGGCAGAAGCUCAAUGUGCUUACCUGGAUAUGACUGACCAAACUAGUGGAACCAUCACUGAUGAUAGCGAUAUAUGGCUGUUCGGAGCACGUCAUGUGUAUAAGAAUUUCUUCAAUCAAGAUAAGUAUGUGGAAUAUUACCAGUACAUCCAUCUUCAUAACCAACUUGGCCUUGAUAGACGAAAACUGAUAAACCUUGCUUAUUUUCUGGGCAGUGACUACACUGAGGGGAUCCCUGGUGUAGGUUAUGUAACAGCAAUGGAACUCCUUAACGAAUUCCUUGGGCCUGGACUGGAGCCACUUUAUCGUAUUCGAGAUUGGUGGACUGAAGCCCAGAAAAAUAAAAAAUUAAGAGAGAAUCCAAGUGAUACAACAGUGAAGAAAAAACUGCGUCACCUGGACAUCUAUUCAGGGUUUCCAAAUCCAGCUGUGGCAGAAGCGUAUUUAAAACCGGUUGUAGAUGAAUCCAAAGAAUCACUGUCCUGGGGAAGACCAGACCUUGAUGAGAUCAGAGAAUUUUGUCAGAAUCGUUUUGGUUGGACAAGGAAGAAGACUGAUGAAGUAUUUUUACCUGUAAUGAAGCAGCUCAACGCUCAACAAUCACAACCACGUAUUGAUACCUUCUUCAGAGUGGAACAGUAUGAGAAACAAACAAUAAAAAGCCAAAGGCUUCGCAGAGCUGUGACUUGUAUGUUGAGAAAAGAAGAAGAAACUUCAACAGAGGGACAUGUAACUGCUGAUAUACCAGAGGGGACUGCUAACUCAGCAGAAGAGGCUCAGGAAGUUGCCUUGGGAACCAAAAGUAAAUUCAGCAAUUCCCAAUUAAAAUGCAGAAAGAGAAAGCAGCCAAAGCAAUCUCCAGAUCAGCCAUCUGGAGGAGGUUUCAUUGGACCAAUUAAUCUCUCUGAAGAGUCAAGCCAUUCUGGAGAUGAUGAGUCUGAAUUUAUGUCAAAAAAAUACCCUAAAACAGUGAGUUUUGUUAGAAAAACGCCAGAAGAGCAGAUGAAAAAUCAAAAUGAUAAAACUGCCCAUAGGAGUGGUAGCUCAAGUGAGGAGAAUGAAGAUGAUAAUUGUAUGGUGACAGCUAAACCUGUGUUUGUACAUAGAGGAAGGAUGAAAGGACUUAAAACAAAGCAAAGAAUGAAAUUAAAGAAAUAAUUAUUCGCCAUUACAGCACCCUUUUCUGUACUGGUAAAUAGAUAUUGGCUUGAAAUACCUAUUUGUAUUUCAGCAGGAUGAAAUUUGAAGGCUUGUCUCUUUCAAAAUCUGUUAAUUCAAGGUUAAAUCCCAUUGCUGUCUAUUAGAGGCCCAAAGUUCUGAUUAUCCAACUUGCAAGCAAUUUACAGUUGGAAUAAAUUGAAUGUAUGCUUGUCAUGUGAAAUAUUGCUUGAAAAACUUUUAAAGUUCUUAAGUUAUCUGAAGUUUUGGUUCAAAGCUGCUACUUUGAAUGAUUUAUCAUGUUUCAGUGUAAAAAAAAAUCAACUAUUUUACUAUGCAGAGUAGAUUAAAGGCAUUUUUAAAGACAUCACGAUUAUGUGCAACAGAAGAUAACCUGGAAAACCAUGUGAAUAUGUUGUAUUGAUUAAAUGUAUACCACAAAAUGGUGACUUGUACAAAUCAACCCACAACUGCUUCUGUUUAUAGGAAAAUACAUUACUGUGAUCUUCAAAGUAUCUGGGACAAAGCUACUGCCAAAAUUUAUUUAAGCUAUAGAUCAGGUUGCACAUUAACUAAUCCACUGAUACUUUUUAAACACUCCUGUGUUUUGAAACUUCUGGGUAUGGUCACAUUCUACAGAUUAAUUUACAAAUGUGAACUAUUGUGGAAUUUAUCUCUGUAGUUGGUUAUGUUUUUUUAGAAAUUGGAAAAUGUUUGAAAAUAGAAACAUUUGUGAAUGCAAACAAUAUGUUUCCAAAACUGACAGAUUUGAUAUGCCAGUGACAACUGCCAGAGGGACUAUUUGGUUCUUGUAGCAGAAUAGUAAUAAAUUAUGGCUAAUUUAGAAGUCUCAUCUAUUCAUUUUGCUCCAUACCUGCUGAUGGAUCGUUUUGUAUAAAUUGUUGCACUUUGAUGUUGAGGAAUAAAUGCAAUCAAAAUAUUUGGUAGAAAAUGGCAAAGAGGUUUUACAAAUCUCUCCUUUGGUUUGAUUUGUGGAAAUUAUUUUUUUCAGGUCUGUCUAUUUGC